AUUAACAUUAUACCUUGUUUGUUCAUAACAUUAUACCUUGUUUGUUCAUAACCUAGUUUAGGAGAGUAUGACAAAGACUAAUGCCAAGGUUUUGAUUAUGAAUUGGUUAGUUUUUGUUGCAUUGCUCAUUACAUUGUUUGGUGGUGCCAAAGGUAUUGUAAUAUGUAACAUUGACACAAGAAAGCUAAACUUAUGCAAUGCAGCAAUUACUGGGAAAAACCCUCCAAAACCAAGUGCAAAAUGUUGUGCAGUGAUUAAAAAGUGUAAUUUGUCUUGCCUUUGCACAUACAAGUCUCUUCUACCUGCACUUGGAAUCAACCCUACAAAAGCGUUGGCCUUGCCAAAAAAGUGUGGUCUAAAAACACCACCUGGAUGUAGAGAGACUUGAAGCAAUUAUUGAGAAUCACUUGUCUUAGAAAUGGUUAAUUAAGCACCCUUCAAAUAAAUUAGUUAGUUUUCAAUUUGAGUACCUUUUCCAUGUAUGUAUGCAAGAUGUAUGAUGUAUCUGUUUCCUAUCUGUUAAUCUUUACAUAGUUAUUUGAUGUACUAAAAAAUCAUGAAACAGAAUAUGUUUCACUCAGUGACAAGAAUUUCAAGUCAUAUAUAUCACUUGCUUUACACCU